UUUAACGCGUUUUUCUCUUUCUGCUGUUGUUUUCUAACACUGUUGCUAUUGGAAAAUGGUGAAAGUGAAUGUCAAAUGGGGAAAGGAGAAGUUUGAUAAUGUGGAACUGAACACAGAUGAGCCCCCCAUGGUUUUCAAAGCACAGCUGUUUGCACUGACUGGGGUGCAGCCAGAUAGACAAAAGGUUAUGGUAAAAGGAGGAACAUUAAAGGAUGAUGACUGGGGAACCUUAAAAAUAAAGUCUGGCAUGACUUUGUUAAUGAUGGGAUCUGCUGAAGCUCUGCCAGAGGAACCUGCAGUGAGACCAGUCUUUGUAGAAGACAUGACAGAAGAGCAGCUGGCGUCUGCUAUGGAGUUACCUUGUGGCCUAACAAACCUUGGGAACACAUGUUAUAUGAAUGCUACUGUUCAGUGUAUCCGAUCUGUUCCAGAGCUGAAAGAAGCACUUAAAAGGUAUGCAGGUGCCUUGAGAGCUUCAGGCGAAAUGGCCUCUGCCCAGUAUAUUACUGCAGCUCUAAGAGAUUUGUUUGACUCUAUGGAUAAAACAUCCUCCAGUAUCCCACCAAUCAUCCUCCUCCAGUUUCUACACAUGGCUUUUCCACAGUUUGCAGAGAAGGGGGAUCAGGGGCAGUAUCUUCAACAGGAUGCUAAUGAGUGCUGGGUGCAAGUAAUGAGAGUCCUGCAGCAGAAGUUAGAAGCAAUAGAAGGAGAUUCUGAUAUGGAGACAGAUUCGGGAGCAGCUGCAACAGCCUCGAAGAAAAAUAGCUUCAUCGACCAGUUUUUUGGCAUUGAGUUUGAGUCAACCAUGAAAUGUACUGAAUCUGAAGACGAGGAAGUUACUAAAAGUAAAGAGACACAGUUGCAGCUUAGCUGUUUUAUUAACCAGGAAGUGAAAUAUCUGUUCACUGGCCUCAAACUGCGCCUUCAAGAAGAAAUCACAAAAUUUUCUCCAUCAUUGCAGAGAAAUGCUCUGUAUAUCAAAACUUCCAGGAUCAGUCGUUUACCUGCCUACCUGACUAUCCAGAUGGUCCGAUUCUUUUACAAAGAGAAGGAAUCUGUGAAUGCCAAAGUUCUCAAGGAUGUGAAAUUUCCUCUCAUGUUGGACAUAUAUGAAUUAUGUACACCAGAGCUUCAAGAAAAGAUGGUGUCAUAUCGUUCAAAGUUCAAGCAAUUAGAAGAUAAGAAAGGUUCAGAACAAGCACCCAAAGCAAACCAAAUGUCCCAGAGAGAAGUUCGAUACGAACCAUAUGCCUUUCCAGGUGAUGUUGGCUCAAUUAAUUCUGGUUACUAUGAGCUGCAGGCAGUUCUAACUCAUCAAGGAAGAUCAAGUUCUUCUGGGCACUAUGUAUCCUGGGUAAAGAGAAAACACGAUGAAUGGAUUAAAUUUGAUGACGACAAAGUAAGCAUUGUGUCUCCUGAAGAUAUUCUGAGAUUAUCUGGGGGAGGAGACUGGCAUAUAGCUUAUGUCCUUCUGUACGGACCUCGACGAAUCGAAGCUAGCGACGAAGAGACUGAACAAUGAUGACAUUUGCCAUUUUAAUCAUUUUCCUAGGUGUGAAAUAAAUGUUCCCAGAUUAGAAUUUCUUAGUCCAGAACUGUUUUCUUCACUACAUGAUGUUUUAGGGAAUGAGGUUUGAAUGGCUCGGCCCACUUACCACUUUAGAGAUCAAACGACCAAUAUCCCACACCCUUUUGUGUGAUAUAUUUCUUGCAAAGUCUUAAUAUAAUUCAGAUUUUAAUUCUAGAUUGGUAAUCUAACAAGACCUUCUGGUGCUAAAACUUAUUUUUUAACCUAUUAAUGUUUUGAAAAGGGACGAAAAGCUGAAAAUAUUUAUUGCACACCUACAUCAUUCAUUGUUACUAUUGCAUGGUUUAUACCACCGUUCUUGCCAUCCUUUGCCUUAUCUGGCUCUUGUGCCAGGAGGGAGGGCUAUAUGUUGCCUCAUUGUAACAGUGCUGCUGCCCAUAACUCGAGACAUGGCCACAUGGAUCACAUAUGUGCCCAGCCUAACCUAAGAAUUCAGUCUGUGACGUUGCUGGCAUCAUGGGGCUUUAAAAUAAAAUUGUGAUCAGUCUUGUGCUCUGGUUAAUUCAUGGUUAUUGUGUGAUUAUUACACAGAAUUCCCAAAGAGCGUAGCUGAAGCCCGUCUAGUGAAAUGGGGCAGAUUCCAGCUGUUAUAUUAUAUGCUGAGAUACUUGAACGUAGGAGUCAUUCUCGGUUGCAGUGGAUUUUCUGUAUAAAUGUCUUUCCUUCUAUAUAUACAGGUUUAAUGGAGUUCUAUGUUCACUAAUAAUAUUCAGAGAGUGCCACACUUUCCAGUUUUGUGUCUUUUUCCUGAACCAGUCAUGUGGGUAAUAACACUGACAACUGACUCUGGGUCACAGUUAUUGCCCAGAUGUCGGCAUAUGACGUGGAUAAAGUCACUAAAAGAGCCUAAGUGCCAUAAGCCCAGCAGGGUAUUUAUUGCGACUUGUUUGCUGUGUUUUUAUUGGUGCAUAGUUUCUCUGCGAUGAAAAAAGCCUGGUGCUCCCUGGCAUUUAUGUUUUAGUAAGAUGCUGCCCAACUGGAGGCCCAGAGGUUGGGGAGCCCCUUCCAAGGAAUGUUUCUGGCGCCCAGGAUUUGCUAAAAGAAGGGGAUUCUUAUUUCAUUCAGUGUAUUGUGUGAUACUGUAACUGGUUUUAUUCACUCUGCUGGUUUUACAUCUUGCUCUAUAGCUUUCUAUGCUGUUUCUGCCAGUGCAAAAAAUUGUAUCUUCAGUGCCCAUUAAUUGACUGACAAUACAGGCCUUGUCAGAUUAUGAAGGGUUGCUAUGCACUUUCAUUUGCGUUUCAUACUUGUAAAGAUAUACUAAAAGGAACUUUAGUCUUCACCAGUGAUGUUCUACUUCCCCUACCUUAUUCACUAGACCUAUGCCUUGCAGGCUUCUCGUAAAAUUGAUCUUAGGAAACACUAAGGGGCAAGGCAUAUAGUAAUGUCACAAGCAGGAAAAGCAUCAUGGCUGCCUUCCAACAGAGCUUUGCAGCAUUUUCCACUAUAUGCCAGACGCCCUUUGAAUAAGGCAGAAAGUCCCCUUUUCUGGUGGUUUUACAACGUAUUGUUAUGCACUCUGCUAUCUGCAGAGGAAUUGCUGCCACUGCUGAUGCUGCAGAGAAUCCUGAAGACAGGGGGCUAUUGGAUAGAGCAACCAUAGCAGUCAGGUGGGCAAAUUGGUUCCAUAACAUAUGCUCCCUCUGUAACCGUGGAUAAUCUACUACUGUCCUCCCUAAAACUGCAAAUUUAGUAACGCCUACAUAAUAGCUAAAGGACACAAAUCAAAGGGAAAAUAAUUGUAGAGCUUAAAGGAGAUGUAAACCCAAAAAUACAAUUGUACCCAUUGAAAUAUAAAUCUAAGCAGUUUUCAAUGUACAUUGAUUUCACAUUUUUGGAGAAAACCCAAAUAAAAUGUAUAAUGCAGUUUUGUGUUACUGUGCUAAUCGACUUUUGGGGUUAUGUGAUUAAAGACAUAAAGACACUUAGUUUGCCUAAGUGAAGGAACCCAUAGCAUCCAAUCGGCAGGUUGCAUUUAGUGGUCACCUAUUUAAAAGUCUUAUUGGUUGCUAUGAGUUUCUGCUUCUGAGCAAAUUGAAAGCAUUUAAUUUACCUGUGGGGGUUUAUUUUUAUAUCUCUCAGAAAGUUCAUUUAAUCAGUGGACAAAUGUCCUGUUUAUAUGGAGGGCUGAGCUGUCAUGUGCUUUGUUUUAUGUGGCAGCUGCUUAUGAGGCUAUAAGUUAGAGCGAUGCUUUGCUCAGUGCACUCACUGUUUGUAUUUAUACAUGCUGAUUCGCUGCCGGCAUUUUCUUACUCUGAGCCGCACUCUAUGGGCAGCAAUUGCAAAAAAAAACCCUACAAACAAAAUAAAAGAAAUCUGUUUCUCA